AAGCCACCUGCUCAGGUGACGCAUGUCAGCAGCACACCUGCCGCUUAUUAGCGGCCUUCAGUUCCGGUCUGGCCUUCACGUUGGGAAACAGAAUAAUUUGAAUCACGACAAUUUAGGAAAUGAACUCGUUGGAGUUUUCGUUCGUCUUUUUUAUACUGGUACCUCAUUCUUUCGGGCGCUGCUUUGACAUGUCUUUUUCUAUAUGUUGGAUGGGUAAAGAUGACGUUCUAGAAAGACAAAACGCAGACGUGUUUUUCAAUGGGACCUCGUUAAAAUCCAUCAUGAAGGCGGGUAAAGUGAGCUCCCUGAAGCUGUUCCCGGUUGUGGAAAACAAGCUGGCCUUCCGGUACGGGGGCUCCACCCUGAGGUGGACUAUAACAGUCAGCCCACGCACAAAGACCGUCAAAAUCACCGGCCGACACAAACCUUCAGAACAUCCAACUAAUACUACAAAGGACUUCCUGGCAUUGCUGAGUCCUGCAGAAGUGUUUGCGUGUGGAAAUGGAACCACAUUCUUUCACCAGGAUGAAAACUUCUUCCUUGCAGUUGGACACACGUCGCGCUUCCCUCUGAAGCUGGAGGGCAGAAGUCCGACCAUGCUGCUGGUGUCCUGGGUGGAGAUGGAUCCGAGCAUCCUCAACACUCACAGCCUGACUGUGUACCGCAGAGAGCUGGGUUCUUAUAACGUCUUCACGGAGGAAACCACCGACCGCAACCACCACCGCUUCUCUGCCCUGGAGCCCUGCAGCCACUACCUGGUCUGUGUGGAGCUGGCAGACAGCCACGCCUUCACCUGCCUCUCUGCCAUCACCGACCCCGAUGUCCCUAAAGAUUUUGAAGUGACAUCGUGGAACAGCAGCAGCAUCUCUUUGUCCUGGGACUGUCCUGUGAACAUGAAGUACUCACUCUUCCUCCUCACCGUCUUCUACCUGAACGGCACAGACCACGUCUGGGAUGAGGUCAGCCUGUGGCUCACGGAUGACACGUUUGAGUUCUCCCUGUCGGACCUGCAGCCCUGCAGCCGGGUCAAAUUCGGCCUGCAGACCGUUUGCCAGGCAGGCCUGGAAACCCGCUACAGCAAGAUCCUUCUGAACGACGGGAAUUCUGGUGAGUCCUGUCAGAUGUGGUUAUGGAUCCCAAAUAAUCUUCAUGUAUUCUGGGGUUGAGCAGCCAGGGACAGA